AGCUUCGCUCCAUUCACCACCAUUUCUCUCCUUUCCAUUUCCACCCUAAAAAAACCUCACUCACAGGCACACGCACAAAACCAACGAGAGACAAGCAAACAAAGCCUCAUACAUAUUCAUCCACGCAUAUAUAUAUAUAUAUACACAUAUAUUUAUAUAUACGCACACAUAUAUUUAUAUUUAUAUGUGUAUUAUUACAUACACAACACCAAUAUAUAUAUACUCAGCAGACCCCACACUCACCAGGACGGUAGAAGACAGAAUGUUGCAGCUGGGUGUAGCAUAGUACGAGGUUGGUGAGGUGCUUCUCUUUUGAGUGCCUGCAGUUUUGGUGGUAGACAAUGGGUGACACGAAUUCCUUCGAUUUGAUUCUUGACUUCCUGCGGCGAAAUAGGUUCACCAGAGCUGAGGCAGCUUUACGUAGUGAGCUUGGUAGUCGCCCUGAUUUGAAUGGUUUUCUUCAAAAGCUUGCACUUGAAGACAAGGAUUCUGGCAAUUCUUUGGAUGGAGAGAAUGGGGACAAACCGGUCUUGGAAAAUCAAGCGUCUUCUCGGAAUUCCAGUGACGUUUCGAAGGAACUCAUAGUAAAAGAGAUUCAGUGUGGAACUGGUAGAAAUGGGUCUGAAAGCAACUGGAAGAAUGCUUCUUCUACUGGGGAGCGGAAUAAGGCAAAUGAAGCUGCUGGAACUAGUGACAAGGGCUUUACAUUUUAUAAAGGUCCAGAGGACACUGUGCUAGAUUUGUAUUCAUGGAAGUAUAGUUCUAGCAAUGGUACUGCAAAUCCAUAUGGCGCUGGUGACGAUUCUGCUGUUAAUGCAAAAGGCAUUGCGAAAUCUGGAGAGGAUGUCAGUUUUCCCAAUGAAAAGAAAACUUCUUGGGUUGGAAGUACCAGUAAGGUUAUUGUGGAUCCUAAGUACAACAGAGCCAGUGUGAGUGAACCCAAGGAACUUGAUCAGCAACUUAAGGUUACUAAUGCAUACUCUAAAGAAAAUAUCACUGAUAAUCUAUGGCCAAGGGGCGAGGAAGCUGCAAAUUCAUCAACUGACGUGUGGAAAGAUUGUUCUGUUAAAACUGUUUUUCCCUUUUCUAAGGGUGAUUUUUCAACUGGCAAUGAUAGUGGUUCUGGUUCUGAUAAGAAAGAAGGAAAGAGAAAAGCAGAAGGAACUGACGUUAGGGUGGCAAUAAAGGAGCAGGUAGAUGAAGUGGGGAGAGCUUUAUACUUAGGAAAGUCACAAGGAAGUUCUGAGCACAAUGUCAUUAGUAGCUUAGUUUUUCCUGUUGUUUCUGAGAAUCAGAAAGAAGAUUUUCCAAGGUUGCCACCUGUCAAACUUAAGUCAGAAGAUAAGUUAUUGAGUGUUAAUUGGGAGGAAAAAUAUGAUCGAGAUGGACCUAGUACAAAACUCAGCAGUGCUGAUAACGCUUUGCUUAUAGGAUCGUACCUAGAUGUACCUGUUGGGCAGGAAAUUAGCUCCGCAGGAGGGAGGAGGACCGGUGGAAGCAGUUGGCUGUCGGUAAGUCAGGGGAUUGCAGAAGAUGCUUCUGAUCUGGUUUCUGGUUUUGCUACUAUUGGUGAUGGUUUAAGUGGUUCUGACUAUCCAAAUGAGUACUGGGACUCUGACGAAUAUGAUGACGAUGAUGAUGUGGGAUACAUGAGACAACCUAUUGAGGAUGAAGCCUGGUUUUUGGCUCAUGAAAUUGACUACCCAAGUGACAAUGAAAAAGGAACUGGGCAUGCAAGUGUCCCAGAUCCUCAAGAAAGGGGUCCAACAAAAGAUGAGGAUGAUGAUCAUUCUUUUGCUGAGGAGGAUUCCUACUUUUCUGGUGAGCAGUACUUUCAAGCAAAAAAUGUUGAACCAGUGACUGCUUCAGAUGAUCCUAUAGGAUUAUCAGUGACAGAACUAUACGGGAGGAAUGAUGAUAACGAUUUAAUAGCUCAAUAUGAUGGGCAGCUGAUGGAUGAAGAAGAACUGAAUUUGAUGCGUGCGGAACCUGUCUGGCAGGGUUUUGUGACUCAGACAAAUGAGCUUGUUAUGUUGGGGGAUGGGAAGGUUCUUAAUGAAAGUGGAAGGCAACGACUAGAUGAUGUUUGCAUGGAAGAGGAUCAACAUGGUUCAGUGAGAUCCAUUGGUGUGGGAAUUAACAGUGAUGCUGCAGAUAUUGGUAGUGAAGUUAGGGAAAGUUUGGUUGGAGGUAGUAGCGAAGGGGAUCUAGAAUACUUCCAAGAUCAUGAUGUUGGAUUUGGUGGAUCCAGAAAGCAUCAUCAUGAUUCUGACAUGAAGCACGUAAAAGAGAAAAAGAAAAUUAGUAAACAAGAGUCAAAAAAAUAUAUGGUUGGGAAUAGUAAGAGCGUACCCACGGAGAUUAAAAAUCUUACAGAUGGGGGAUUCUCAUUUCCUCCACCAUCUAGAGAUGAACAGCUAGUGCCGACAAGUUCUAGUAAAUCUUUGUGGUCAAACAAUUGUAAUGCUGUUGCUGGCGAUGACACUGAUGAAUGCCUGAAUGAGUUAAUGAGGUCCGAUGACAUGCUUUCUUCAUGGAAGCGGAAAAGCAAUGAUUCUUCACCUGCCAAGAGUUCUAGGGAUGAUAAUAAUGCUAAUGCUGUUAGGUCCACCAAUUCAUCUCCCUCAACACUCUCAAAUUACGCUUAUGCCGAAAGAGAGCAUGCUGAGGAAGAAGAUGAUGAAAAAGCUGGCAUUGCUAGGGAAGAAGAUACAGCAACAUCACUUGAGGAUGAAGAGGCAGCUGCUGUCCAAGAGCAAGUAAGGCAAAUUAAGGCUCAAGAGGAAGAAUUUGAGACCUUCAACCUUAAGAUUGUCCACAGGAAAAACAGAACUGGAUUUGAGGAGGAUAAGAACUUUCACGUUGUUUUAAAUUCAGUGAUAGCUGGUCGCUAUCAUGUUACUGAGUAUCUGGGAUCAGCCGCUUUCAGCAAAGCUAUACAAGCACAUGAUUUGCAUACAGGCAUGGAUGUUUGUGUAAAGAUUAUUAAGAACAACAAGGACUUCUUUGAUCAAAGCCUUGAUGAGAUAAAGCUACUGAAGUAUGUCAACAAACACGAUCCUGCAGAUAAACACCACCUCCUCCGAUUGUAUGACUACUUUUACUAUCGAGAGCAUUUGCUAAUAGUAUGUGAACUUCUGAAGGCAAACUUGUAUGAGUUUCACAAGUUUAAUAGAGAAUCAGGAGGGGAAGUUUACUUUACAAUGCCAAGAUUGCAGUCAAUUACUAUACAGUGUUUAGAGGCUCUUCAAUUUUUGCAUGGUCUUGGCCUAAUACACUGUGACUUAAAACCUGAGAAUAUAUUGGUAAAAAGCUACAGUAGGUGUGAGGUGAAGGUCAUUGAUCUUGGGAGUAGUUGUUUUGAGACAGAUCAUCUCUGCUCAUAUGUUCAAUCCAGGUCUUAUCGGGCUCCAGAGGUUAUAUUGGGACUUUCAUAUGAUAAGAAGAUAGAUAUCUGGUCACUUGGCUGCAUCUUGGCAGAACUUUGUACUGGCAAUGUAUUAUUCCAAAACGAUUCGCCUGCUACAUUACUUGCACGGGUGAUAGGAAUCAUAGGCCCCAUUGAACAAGGCAUGUUAGUGAAAGGUCGUGACACAUACAAAUAUUUUACCAAAAAUCACAUGCUUUAUGAACGGAAUCAGGAAACUAGUAGGCUGGAAUACUUGAUACCAAAAAAGACAUCCUUGAGGCAUCGACUUCCGAUGGGGGAUCAAGGCUUCAUUGACUUUGUUGCUCAUCUGCUCGAGGUAAAUCCGAAGAAACGUCCAUCUGCAUUGGAGGCCCUGAAGCACCCUUGGUUAUCUUAUCCUUAUGAACCCAUAUCUGCAUGAAAGGAGGAGAUUAUCUUUUAUUUAUUGAGAUUAGAUACAUCGUCAUCUUCCCCAAUGUUUCGGUUUGGGUUUCUUACCAAGAAAAGGAAAGGGCCACAAAUCAAAUGAGAUUUGAUUGCUUGCCGUAACUCUAUCUAUAUAAGAAGGUGAGUUUGGAAGAGAUUUGCUCCUUCGCGUUGAAAGGUGUGUUUGGCUUUGUGGUGAUGUACCUUUUUUCCUCCUUACUGUCACCAAGUUGUACUCUCCCAUUUUAACCAUAAUUAAUCAGAGAAUGUAAUCUUGCACGUGCUGUAUUACUAGGUUCUUCACUUUGUUUUGGGUCUUCUAGCCUUAGUGGAGGGGAAAUCUUAAAAUAUCCUGUUGUACAUGGUUGUGAUAAUUCUUUUAGGUAAUUUAGUAAUAUUAAUUUUGUGAAA